CAAAGUUCACAAUUGUUACUAAUAAUGUUUCGCGAACUAGAUUUGACAAGUAAAAUUAGAACUUUGCAAAACUUGUAAACAAAAACACGCGGUAUCGUAAAUCGUUUUCCAUUGUAACAAUUUAUACAUAAUAUUGCGAUUCUUAAAUAAUAAAUUUUACAAGCAGACUGUAUUACUACGAAUUUAUAAUAUGACUACCUUUAGAUUUAACUUUUCUGGUGAAGAAGAUAAUAACAAAAUAGAAGAAACUGAAAAAGAUGAACCUAUUGUAUGGCUGGAGAGUGAAGAAGUAGUUCCAGAUAAACAAAUAAAAAGUAUUGAUGAAACAGUUACUCGAGCUAAAAUGUUUGCCUGCGGCGAUGUCGAGAUUGGGCAUAUUGUAGUAAGCGAAGCAAAAGCUAGUAUUGAGGAGAGUGGACUGAAAAAUGCAGUUGAACUAGCAGAAAAAGAACACAGUGAUCUUAUUGCUGGGAAAUAUGAAGGUGGACUAAAAAUCUGGGAGUGCACUUAUGAUUUGAUACAAUAUUUAGAAGAAAACGAAACAGAAAUAAAGUUUGAGAGUAAAAAUGUUCUAGAUCUUGGCUGUGGUGCUGGAAUUUUAGGAAUCUAUGCUUUUUUAAAUGAUUCUAAAGUUACAUUUCAGGAUUAUAAUAAAGAAGUGCUGGAAUAUUUCACAAUACCAAAUGUUUUACUAAACAUUGAAGAUGAAGAGAACAGAGAAAAAGAAAUACAAAAAUGUAAAUUCUAUUCGGGUGACUGGGAUUCCUUUAACAAGAAACUGGCUAGUACUGAAGCAUUUGACAUUAUCUUAACAUCAGAAACUAUCUACAAUGAAUGUAACUAUGACAAACUUAUCUCGUUGUUCGUGGAUAGAUUGAGCAAAGAUGGAGCAGCAUAUGUUGCAGCAAAAACAUACUACUUUGGUGUAGGUGGCGGUGUAAGACAAUUUGAGCAAAAGGUUCAACAAAAUGGUAAACUAAACUGUGAAGUCAGCUGGAAAAGCACAGGAGGAAUACAAAGAGAAAUAUUGAAAAUCACACAUAAAUAACUAUAACAAACUUUAAUAGAUUUAUUACAUUUGAUACAAUAAAUGGUUUAAAUAAAAUUCAUAUAAAUUCACUAAA